UCCAGAGAGAGAGAAAGAGACAGAGAGACGAUCGAGAGAGAAAGGAAGAGAGAAAGAGAGACUCCGAUCGAGAGAGAGACAGAGAGUCGACGAUCGAGAGAGAGAUUCACUGAGAGAGAGAGAGAGAGAGAGAGAGAGAGAGGGGUAUUUUGUUAUGGUUUCAGGUGAUUGAUAGUGAGGGAGACGCUAAGACCCAGCAAGAGAGAGAAACAAAGAGCUUGAGAGAAGAGGCGUGCAGUGGGCUAGCCACCGUUUGAGGCGAACGACGGAGCCCGAGCCGGUGGGUCACGGCCCAACGCCGGUGAGGCCAAAAAGCUUGGAGUUCCGGCAUUUUCUUGAUUUUCGUUAUACCCACUUAUUCCGGUUCUAUAAUGGUAAAGAUCAACCACGAAAACAGAGUUGGAAUUGAUCUUCCAGCAAUUGAAGUCCGAUUUGAGCGCCGCGGUCAGCUUAAACAGAUAUAUGUUGAGAUCGAAAGAGCCCGGUUGAUCAAGAAACUUGUGAAGAUUAAGGAAGAACAAGGGCUUAUAGCUGAAGCUGCAGAUUUGAUGCAAGAAGUUGCAGAAUGGGUCUGAAGGCUUGCAUCACUCAAUUACCGGAGAAUGGAGGUUGCCGGGCCAGUUAACGGUGGUGGUGGGGCUAUUGGGUGGGCGAACAUGAAGGGCUUUGCCCUCCAAGUCCUCACCGGGCAGUGGUUCAUGGUUUUUGCCUCAUUUCUGAUCAUGUCCGGCGCAGGUACGACCUACAUGUUCGGCUUCUACUCCAACGACAUAAAAUCAGUGCUUGGGUAUGACCAAACCACUCUAAAUUUGCUCAGCUUCUUUAAGGACUUGGGCGCUAAUGUUGGCAUCCUCUCCGGCCUAAUCAACGAGGUCACACCCCCAUGGGUGGUCCUAUCCAUAGGUGCAGUCCUUAACCUUUUCGGCUACUUGAUGAUAUGGCUUGCCGUCACCAAAAGAAUGGCCACGCCCCAAGUUUGGCAGAUGUGCUUGUACAUUUGCAUAGGGGCGAACUCGCAGUCUUUUGCCAGCACUGCCUCACUUGUCCCCUGCGUAAGAAACUUUCCUCAAAGUCGUGGUGUUGUGUUAGGGAUUCUGAAGGGAUAUGCGGGGCUUAGUGGCGCUAUAAUCUCACAACUAUAUCUUGCUAUCUAUGGGGAUGACUCAAAGUCUCUGAUUUUGUUAAUAGGGUGGCUUCCAGCUGCUAUAUCUUUAGCUUUUCUUUCAACUAUUCGGUACAUGAACACCAUUAGACAGCCGAAUGAACUCAAAGUUUUCUACAGUUUUCUCUAUAUUUCACUUGGUCUCGCAGGGCUUUUAAUGAUCCUGAUUAUAGUACAGGAAAAGGUGGCGUUCACACAUAAUGAGUAUGGUGGGAGUGCCGCGGCAGUGGUUCUCUUGCUCUUUCUCCCACUUGCUGUUGUUUUUGCGGAAGAAUACAAACUCUGGAAGAGCAAGAAACUAGAAAUGAAUUACCCAGAGGCAGCUCCAUCUAUACCAACACAAUCAACAACAAAUCCACUUCUUGAAUCGAGGACAGAAAUGCAAGCUUCUUGUUGGAAAACUGUGUUCAAUGCGCCAGACAGAGGGGAGGACUAUACCAUACUCCAAGCACUUUUCAGCGUGGACAUGGUAAUUCUUUUCACUGCAGCAAUGUGUGGUGUUGGAGGAACUUUAACGGCCAUAGACAAUUUGACACAAGUUGGAUCUUCCUAUGGAUACCCAAUGCAAAGCAUAAAAACUUUCCAAUCGCUUGUAAGCACUUGGAAUUAUCUAGGACGGGUAGCCUCAGGAUUUGUUUCUGAAAUUGUUCUUCAAAAGUUCAAAUUCCCUCGCCCCCUCAUGCUCACUUUGGCCCUCCUAUUAUCAUGCGUUGGUCAUCUUCUUAUAGCGUUUAACGUCCUGAAUGGACUUUACGUAGCAUCCGUUAUCACUGGGUUUUGUUUAGGAGCGCAAGCUCCAUUACUUUUUGCAAUAAUUUCGGAACUUUUUGGCUUAAAAUACUACUCGACUUUGUUUAAUUUAGGGUCAAUGGCCAGCCCCAUUGGACUGUAUUUGCUCAACGUGAGGGUCAGUGGGCAUUUAUAUGAUAAGGAGGCUGAGAAGCAAAUGGCAGCAUUGGGACUCAAAAGGGAGGCUGGGAGGGAGUUGAAUUGUAGUGGGGGAGAGUGCUUCAAGUUGUCUUUCAUUAUAAUAACUGCGGUCACACUUCUCGGCGCACUUGUUUCAUUCAUUUUGGUGCUCCGGACAAGGAGCUUUUAUGAGAGUGACAUUUAUAACAAGUUCCGGGAGCAGGCUAAGGAGGCUGAGACAGAGACUGAGAUGUCAACGACCUGAAAUGGUGCUGUACUAGUGGAAGCCAGAGGUUGCUAGAGAUGGAAUUGUAAACGAAAAUGAUAGAUUUAUAAAUAUGAAUGAAACUCUAAACUGUGGAAUGCAUUGCUGCGGAUAUAUAGCUGUUUGAUUAUUUUGUAUUGUUUUUAAAAUUGGGUUUGGAUGGUUUAGAGAAUAGUAGACAAGAUUUGAAAUUAUCUCCUUUGAUCCCCACGACAGAUGGUUUUGAAGAAGUUCAUUUUGAGGUGGAGCUUGUCCACUUCAUUCAGGUCUGAAGUUCUUUGUCAUUGCAAAUCAUAGUUGUUUCUUCAUCUUUCUGUAUGCCACUCUUUGCUGUAAACAAGAUGAGUUCUUGCGCAUAUGAGUCUUUAAUUUGCAACCAUGCGCAUAAUAGUGUGGCUUCUUGCUGAUGACUCCUUUUGCAGUGGUGCAUUAAAUAUUUUAACGGGAUUAAUUUUUCCCUUUUCUUUAUGCAGAAGUUCAUAAUGUAUAUAUAUGGGACAGAUCAUUUUGAUUUUAUUUAUUUAUAUUAUUAUUAUUA